GGGGACAGGGAUCUUUGAGGAUGCAGCAAUGGUGGCGAAGCAACAAGUGCUGCAUGAGGAACUGGCCGAACUGGCUAGGACAGAGAGGAUGCUGGACCAGCUCGUGCAGGACUGUGCCCUGCAGAUCCAGCAGCUGGCUGACAAUGAGUCCAACCAGAGGCUGGCAUAUGUCACCUACCAGGACCUCCGUGCCAUCAGCAGCUUCCAGGAGCAGACGGUGAUUGCCGUGAAGGCUCCCCCUGAGACGCAGCUGGAGGUGCCAGACUUCAGCCAGGAGAACUUCCAGCUCUACUUGAAGAGCACCAACGGCCCCAUCGAGGUGUACCUCUGCCCAGAGGAGAUCAUGGAGGAAAGCCCCACCAAGGACCACCCUGUACCCUCUGCUGUCACUUCCCCACAGGACCACUCUGUACCCCUUUGCCUGACAAACAGCUCCCCAUCAGCCACACAGCCACUCCACCCCAUCUCCCAGAGCUGGGGCAGCACAGGAACUCCUCUCUCACCCCCAUCUCUGCCUCUCCCAAUCCAGGGGGGACCCAGCUCACUGCUGGAGAUGGAGUCUGGGCUCCUGGGCUCCCCUGCCCACCUUCUGCAGCAGACAGAGGAUCAGCUGCCGUACACCCCCUCCCGCCUGGAGCUGGGACCCUUUGUUGCUUUCUCGCCCCCCCUGGAAGAGGAUGACUAUCUCUGGGGGCUUGAGGGCGAGGGUGUAACAGACCUCUUUGAGACAUAUGACCUGGGAGACCUGCUGAAGCACUGAGUGUCCUCCAGUCCCCAUUGCCUUUGUUCCCUCCGGCCACUUGUGUCCUGAGCAUGUGGAAUCUGUGGGGUGACUGGAGAGAUUGGGGUAUGUUGGGGAGUACUGGGUUUUCUGAGGACUGGGUGGAGAGGGGCCUUGUGUUGCUCACCCAGUGUGGCUUCUCUGCACUUUCCUGGGUUGGUUGUCACCUCACUGGGCUCUGAGAGUGCCUUGUGAUCCAUCCAGGACCCUUUCCAGCAUCCUCCAAUAAAUCCAUGGGACACUGAUUCCCACCAUAACCUCCCACCACCCUGGGCAUGCUGGUAGACUGGG